AUGGCCACCGACGUCAAGCAAGACAAAACCCUCCCCCAUCAGCCCAAAUCCCACCACACAUCAGACCCUUUCCUCCAGCCCUUCCUCAGCCCAUCCUUCGACCCAACCGCCUACCUCAACACCAGCCUGCCGCCCCUCGCCACCAAGUCCCCAACGCCCUCCAACCACAACAACGCCGUGCCGCUGUCCGACCUCGCCGCGCAGGCGCAGACGCUGCUGUCGCAGCUCGACGCCCACACCACGCGGCUGUCGGACACGCUGACGCGCAUCACCGAUGACAUCCUCCGCAGCGGGGGCCGGAUGUCGUACGAGGUCGAGAUGCUGCGGGGCGAGGCGCUGAGCCUGGAGGAGCUGCUGUUUGAGAAGCUGGCGGGGCAGAUUGGCAUGUUUGUGCCGGGGGGCCUGCAGAAGGAGGGCGAGGCGAAGACGGAGCAAGAAGGAGAAGAGAAGAGGCUGAAAGAGAUGGGGAAGCCUGCGGAGGAAGGGGAAGCAAAGACGGUCGCGAAACCCGAGGGCCAAGCGGCGGAUGGUGCAGAGGAGCCCGAGUCUAUCAAGCAGUUGCGGACGCUCACGCUCGUCCGGGAGCGACUCGACUCCGUCAUCAAGAUAUUCGGCGACGCCAUGGAGUUCGGCUUCCCCCCAUCAGAAGUCUCGGUCAGCUCCGGCUUCCUGUCCGUAUCCGCGCCCGAGCCAGGGUCCGAUCUGCAAAGCUCGGAGGAAAAGGGUCAACAGACGCUACAAAGGCUACGGGACGAGAUCUCAGGCCUGCUGAACAACAAGCAAGACCCCGUCUCAGGCAUUGAAAAGGCGGCGGAAAGGAUUGAGCAGCUCAAGAACCUGGCGACGGUGUGGACGGGCACGGCGGAGGAAAGGGGCCGGACCAAGUUCAUCGAGAGCCUGGCCAAGAUGGUCGAGGACAGACACCGCGAGCUGCUCAAGGAGCUGGACUCGAAGAGGAGCGAGGCUACUGCUGCUACGGCGACGGCGACAGCGGCGACGACGAGCCAACAAGGACGCGGCGGCGGCGGCGGCGGCAGUGCUGCGAAUGCGAGGGACGGUGCUGGAGAGACUCUGCCCGGCGGGUUUGGGCUGAUGAGCCAGCUGCAGAAGCUUCGCGGUGGCUUGUGA